CUCAAGACAAACAGAGCCAGGCUCCAUUCUGUGCGCGGCCAUACAUCAUGGCGCAUAAAGCUGCGCCCUGUGCGGAUUGAGGGCGCAGCCGGCAGCUCCUCGGUCAGUGACGUGUGUGAUGCAGGAAACUGCUCGGAAAGUUUUGACUCUCCAGCUUUUCUUGUUGAACAGCGCAAAUAAAACGUGUUGGGUAAAGAUUGUGAAGGUUUAACAGAUGCAGUGGCCGCUUUAUGUAACGUGUUCCUGCACAGUCACACAUGCAGAGGGAAGCUUCAGCAGCCAGGAAAAGGUAAGACCACUGCUGCUGCUUCUGCUGCGGAGACAAGGAUCAGUGGAAGCGGACCAUGGCGGCGGCCACGAGCAGCAACACAUCCACGCUCCAGAUGAAGCACCCCAGCAUCGAGCAUACGCGGAAACGCAUCGACCCGAGGAGGAGACAAGCGGCGCUGUCUUUUCUCAGCAACAUUUCUCUGGAUGGUCGCCCCGUGCAGGACGAUGCAGAGAAUCACACCGACGAGGAGAGCUCGCUUGAGCCGAGGACUAGACACAGCCUGGUUUCCCCGGAGCGCUCGGCGUGUGGGGCAGCCGCUGCCCCCGGAGCUGGAGCUGCCGCCGCUGCCGCCGCUGCUGCUGCGGCCGCGGCAGCGACAACAGCCGCCCAGGCGCUCGCGUUCGCAAACCAGGCUCUCCUCUCCAGCAGCCGGACCUCCUUCGGGACGGGUCCCGCAGCUGCCCCGGCGGCGGACGGGGAUGGCGACGCUUUCAUGUCCUCCUCCUCGGCUUUCAGCUCGCCCUUCUCCGCCGUCCCAACCUCGGCCAGGGGGAGGCUGCAGACCUACACUCAGGGAAUCCUUCCUGCCUCCUACUCCAGACAGUCCUCCCAGAACUACUGCCUGGAGGGCGGACAGAUAGCCAACUCUGCCAUAGAGCUCCAGAGGUCGAGACGAAGACUAAUCUCUCAGCGCUCUUCGCUUGAAACGCUAGAAGACAUUGAGGAAAAUGCUCCUCUACGCAGAUGCAGAACCCUAUCUGGUUCCCCUCGACCAAAGAGCUUCAAGAAGGUCCACUUCAUAAAGAACAUGAGGCAACAUGAUAUGCGAAAUGGAAGGAUAGUCCUUAUCAGUGGCAGAAGAUCCUUCUAUAGUGUAUUUUCUGUCCUGCCCUAUCGAGAUUGUAGCCAAGCAGGGGAGGUAAAGCUGGAAGGAGGGCGUCAGCGGCACCCUUCAGGAAGUGUUAGUGCCAAGGAGAUGGUGAUUGGACUGGAGGGAGUGGAGUUAGGAGCAGAUGGAAAGACUGUAUCCUACACCCAGUUCCUGUAUCCCACCAAUGUGCUGGGUGGUCGAAGAAACACCAUCGACUCCACCUCCUCCUUCUCUCAGUCUCGUAACGCCAGCCACCGCAGCCUCAGCCUGGGCCGAGCCAACAGCAACCAGAGCAGCAUAGACACAGGGAAUGAUUUGGCCGACUUUCGGGAAUACGACCCCAACCUGCUGGAUGACCCUCAGUGGCCUUGUGGAAAACACAAGCGAGUCCUCAUCUUCCCCUCCUACAUGACUACGGUCAUCGAAUACGUCAAACCGUCUGACCUCAAGAAAGACAUGAACGAAACCUUCAAGGAGAAAUUCCCCCACAUUCGGCUCACGCUCAGCAAGAUAAGGAGCUUGAAAAGGGAAAUAAGGAAGCUGGCUCAGGAUGAGUGUGGUUACGAGGAACCCACAGUGGCCAUGGCUUUUGUCUACUUUGAAAAACUUGUUCUUCAAGGCAAACUAAACAAGCAGAACCGUAAACUCUGUGCCGGAGCUUGUGUCCUUCUGGCGGCAAAGAUCGGCGGGGAUCUUAAGAAACAUGAAGUCAAGCUCUUGAUAGAUAAACUGGAGGAGAGGUUCCGAGUGAACCGCCGAGAGCUGAUAGCCUUCGAGUUCCCUGUCCUGGUGGCGCUGGAGUUCAACCUGCACCUGCCCGAACACGAGGUCAUGCCCCACUACAGACGCCUGCUGCAGACCACCUAGCAUCGGUGACCCAUCAGGAGGACGACCACCAUGUUCUCCUGAUCCAUAUCCCUCGGUAUCCAUCCUCCCCUACUCUCCUCCUCCGCGACUUCAAGGUUGUCACUCAACAGCGGCAGGUCCUCGCUUAGACACCUCUCCUUCAUCUCAGAGACCUGGAAUCAGCCAAAGGGACACACAUUUUUAAACAAACUUUUUUCCAUUUUUUGACUUCUACAUUCAUAAUCACUACAUGGACUUGUGAAAGAAAGAGUUUAAUCGUCUGCAAAUGAUGUUUUUAUAGUUUGACCUCUCUUCAUCUUCACUUUGUGUAUUUUAGACUCCUCUUGUUGCUGAAGAGAGCUGUUUUCAUUUGAAUCUUGAAUUUCUCUCACACAGUUAAAGAAACAAAUGAUUGUAGCUUUUUUUUUUUUUUUUUU